UGCAGGCUGGAGCGGAGAAAAAGACAUGAUGACAGAAAUUUAAAGCUAAAUAUACAGAUUCAAUCAUAAGACUUCACAAGAACAUCUGAGGAUAUGACGGAAACAUGCCAUAAAAUCAUCAUGGGGCUACAUAACUUCCUGAAGGAGUAUAUUCAUGGUUUUUGGGACUAUGAGACCCCCAAGGUGAUGGUGGUUAAGAACAGAACUCUUGGCGUGAUUUACAGGAGUGUUCAGUUUCUUGUGAUCACUUAUUUCAUAUGGUAUGUCUUUAUAAGUCAGAAAGCAUAUCAAGAGAGUGAAACCCGUCCGGAGAGCUCUGUUUACACUCUCAUGAAAGGCUCAGCAAUUCAUGGAGAUGAGAUCCUGGACACUGUGGAGUAUGCCCGACCCUCAGAGGGUGGCGAUGUGAUUAGCACAAUACUGAGACGAGAAUUCACGUUCAAUCAGAGACAAGACACCUGUGCUGAGCAUUUCAAUGUUGCCGGUGCCAACUGCACCACCGAUUCUGACUGCGUCGAAGGGGAAGUCAACUUCAAUGGCCACGGCAGAAGGACGGGCAGAUGUGUUCAGUACUACAACCACACCUUUAAAACCUGUGAGAUACAAACCUGGUGUCCGAUUGAGGAAUACGCUGUAGUACGAGAACCACCAUUAGAGGAGGCCAUCAAUUUCACAGUCUUCAUCAGGAACUCUAUCCACUUCCCCAAAUUUAAAGUGCUGAGGGGAAAUAUUAAGGAUGCCCGAAACAAGCGAGACAUUAAGAGAUACCUGAAUAAGUGUCACUAUGAUGAGGAGAGUGACCCCUACUGUCCCAUCUUCCGCUUGGGAUACAUCGCAGCACAAGCGAGGGAGAAUUUUAGUGAGCUCUGCAACACUGGAGGAGUGAUCGGUGUUUUCAUCAACUGGAAGUGUAACUUGGAUCUGGAUCCCUCACACUGUAAACCCACAUACUCAUUCCGUCGCCUUGACCUCCGAAAGGAUCUGCCCGACGCUGGUUAUUAUUACAGGUUUGCCAAAUAUUACAGUAAAGAUGGAGAAGAAACUCGGACACUAAUCAAGGCCUAUGGCAUCCGUCUAGAUAUCAUAGUUCAUGGACAUGCUGGUAAAUUUAGCCCUAUUCCAACCAUCAUCAGCACAGUGACUGCUAUGACUUCUGUUGGGAUUUGUACAAUAAUCUGCGACUGGAUCAUGCUGACAUUUAUCGACAAGAAUGAAGUCUACAGUGAGAGAAAGUUUGAUGAAGUGAUCAAGGAGCCCACAAAUCCCAUACCCACAGAGCUUAGCUACAUCAACAGCUUCGGCUCGAACCAUUCUGACCUGUCUGACGGCGUACCGCUGUGACCAAAGUCCUCGCUGGCCAAGUGCAUGGACUCCCCACCACCGACUUCGGCAAAACAGCAACUGCAUCUCAGGUGUCAGUGACAGCUCACUUUGACACUGUGCUGAUGUUAGUGGGGAUAAAAACUGAGAAAAGAAAGAGAUCCCUGUGGAAAUCUUUGCAUAAGACAGUUAGUUCUCUUUAACUUGACACGACCUCAGAAUAUAUUAACAGCAUAUAGAGAAUGUGUUUAUUUUGAAAACAGCAAACCAUUUUAGUACACUGUCAUGAGAAAACGACUGGCAGCACUUUAUAACAACGCCACACUAGGAAACAUUAGUAAGUGCUUAAUUCAUCAUUUGUGUCAUUAUUCCUCCUUAGUAUGCCGUUUAUAAAUACAGAUAUGUUUAUCUAUCAUGGACAGCUAUCACUGCUAGUAAUAAUCAUAGUCGUAAUAAUAUAUCAGUAUUUAGAAAUGCCGUACUAAGGAGGAGUAAUGCUAUAUAAAUGAUGAAUUUGGGCACUUGCUAAUACCUUAAUAAUGCUUGAUAGUAUGGCAUUAUUCUAAAGUGCUACCAAAAAAUAAAAACCUUACAGCAUAUGUCGAUGUAUUGUAGACAUUCAAUCCAACAAUAAAUAACCUUUAACUUGGUUCAAACAUAAGGACUGGUGGGACUUUUUAAAAAGGAAAAACAAAAUCAUGAAAUUGUGACAAAGAUAAAACUGAUACGUUUGAAGCAUCUGAAG